CAAUAUUUUUGUGAUUAAGGAAAGUCUCGAUACAGCGUUGCCAGGAAGAGCUGUACUUGUUUCUCCGGCCAGCAGGAGCAAGGAGGCCUGCUCUUACCCUGGGUCGCAUGUUACAAAUUUGCCGUGUAUUUGCAAGGAACGGAUUCCGGCAGAGCUUUUCGCCUCUGAAUUUGCCUAACUCGGCGGCGCUCCUUGGCUUCAGUGCAGCAACGUGCUGGGCCCCCGUGCCUUCAGUGAAGCUAACAGCUGAUCAAGCUAAAACUAGGGAUCAUAUCAAAAGCGUGAUCAUCGUUCCGGCGGCUACAGUUUCCCCAGUCCCAAUGGCGUCCGCAACAGCUGUGCUCGACAAGCGAAUUGGCUUCUUGGGCAGCGGACAAAUGGCCGAAGCCCUUGCACGGGGUCUCAUCAAGCGUGGCCUUGUAACAGCUGAGCGCAUUGCGUGCAAUGAUCCGAAUCCCGUGCGCAAGGAGCUAUUCAAGAGCUUCGGCGCCACGCCGUACGAUUCCAACAUGGACGUUGCUCGCAAUGCCGACGUGCUGUUUGUGGCUGUGAAGCCGCAACACGUGGCGCAGGUACUGUCGGAGGUACGGCCCGUCCUAACGGAAGCCCAUACAGUCGUCUCCAUCGCGGCGGGCAUCACGGUGGAGAAGCUUGUGGAGGCGGCCGGCCCGGAUGCACAUGUUGUCCGUGUGAUGCCCAACACGCCCUGCCUGGUGGGAGAGACAGCCGCGGCCAUGUGCCUAGGUGGCAAGGCAUCGGCUGAGGACGAGGCUCUGGUCCGCACAAUCUUCGAGGCGGUGGGCAAGAUCUAUACGGUGGAUGAGAAGCUUCUUGCCGCGGUGACGGGCCUGAGUGGCAGCGGCCCCGCCUAUGUGUUCAUGAUGGUGGAGGCCCUAGCAGAUGGUGGCGUGCGUGCGGGCCUGCCGCGGGAUAUUGCGCAGGCACUGGCCGCUCAGACAGUGCUGGGCAGCGCAAAGAUGGUCCUUGAGACGGGCACGCACCCGGGAGCGCUCAAGGACAUGGUGACUUCGCCGGCCGGCACGACAAUUGCAGGUGUGCACGAGCUUGAGAAGGCGGGUGUGCGUGCGGCAUUCAUGAGCGCUGUAGUUGCGGCAACAGAACGAGCCAACCAACUGUCCAAGAUGUGAUGAUGCUGUGGCGGACGGGAAACCGCGGACGACGCGAGCGCCAACCAGUGGAUUUGUGCGCUGCUGAGAGCUACCGUCAUAUUAUCGGGCAAACAGAACCACUGUUUGAACGAACUGCGUUGCAUAUGCACGUUGCACGGAGCAGUAGCGAUUCGUUUUAUGGUUUGGACUAAUGUUGAGGUAGCUCCUGGUAGCUUCCCUCAAUGCGUAACGCCAAACGUAGUUGCUCAUUAUCGUCUAUCAUAAAUUUGCUGAUUGAGCUCCGCACCUCGUUGCAUGUGUGCCAUUGGAAACUUGGACUGAAUGGGCGGGCUGACGUUUAAGAUGCGUGAUGUGUCUGCGGCUUAAUGCUUCUUCCCGGAUUCAAGCUGUCAACCGGAAGGUCUUCUCGCCCGAGAGGGUGGGGUGUAGUUUUCGGAUCUCGGAUGCUUCUGUGCGUACAAAGGAAAUGGGGUUUCCGGGACUAAACCUGCAUAACUGCGGGAUGGUGUACUUGGUAGUGGCGCUAAAGCGUUACUGGUGUAUGGAAAGGCAUGUAGUAUUAGAGCUCGCAUGAUGCUCGUCAUUCAUAGUUUGUAACACACCACGUGCCG